AUGCCUCUAGGAAGAUGCAAGCAUAGUUCUACAACUUGGAUUCCUGGGAACUAUGUUACUCCACUUUAUAAGAGCACAUUUGAAGCCUGGUGGAAUCUUCAUGGAGCAGACAUUAAGAAGCAAGCUAAGGGAAAGAGGAACAUUAAGGUUAAUGCCCAAAAUAUUGGCUUUAAUGGCAGUGUAAAGGCAGACUGCCGCCUCCAGGUCUGUGAGGCCUUCGAUAAGGGAGCAGCAUGGAGUUUUUGGUGGUGUCCAAUGGUAACACCAAUCAAUCCACCAAGAAGAUUAGCACAUGCCCCUAGUUUUAAGGCAUCCCUAGGGCAUGUGCCCUUGCAGGGGCCCAGGCUCAGCUUCGGGCUCGGUUUAGGCUUUGGUCUAGUUUUAGUUUAG